AUGGCGAAAUCGGUUGCAUCUUUCACGUGGGAGCGGGGGUUCCGAGAGCCUUCUGCCAUUCCGCAAUGGGAGACAGACAACGAUAUCGACGGUACCACACUUCCACCUUCCAAAGAAGUGGUGACGAGCUCCCAACAUAAUGACCUUGGAGUUAACGUCUUGCGCACAUGGCCUACGCUUUACGAUGGCACCAAUAACCCGCAUGGUAUCCCAGCUUGGUGGAAGCCCCAAAAGGAAGUCGAUGUACUCAUCUGUGGAGCUGGGCCCAGUGGCCUCGAAGUUGCUGUCAGUCUUGCUAGACAAGGCGUUUCCUUUCGUAUCAUCGACAAGGCUGAGGGGCCUCUCAUAGCAGGACGAGCUGAUGGCGUUCAACCGCGAUUCCUCGAAACCCUGGCAACUUGGGGCCUUGAGAAGGAGGUUGCAGAAGAGGGGCCUUUGAUCGAACGAACUGCCAUCUACAAGGACGGCAAAAAAUUGCUAUUUGGACCAUCUCACCAGUCAGAUUCGCGCUAUCGAGGACUUCACAUCAUUACUCAAGGGCAAGUCGAGAGGAUCUACAUCCGUGACCUGACACGCCACAAAGCGCUCGUCGAGCGCAGCACAAUCAUGAGUAAAUUCGAGAUGGACGAGUCAUCUUCUCAUUCGGUUCAAGCGACACUACGCAAUUCUCGCACUGGAGCGGAGGAGCUGGUGAAGGCCAAGUUCCUCGUAGGUAGCGAUGGAGCGGCCAGCAUGGUCCGAAAGCAACUCAAUAUCCCCUUCGACGGCAUGAGCACGGAUAUCUAUUGGGGCAUCUUGGAUUGUCGACUCGAUUCAGACUACCCGCACGCGUUUGUUUUCGGCUCUGUCAUCAGCUCGAAACAUGGAGGAUGUGUCAUCAUACCUAGGGAGGAUGGACUUUACACGCAGUUGGACGUUUCGCAGACCGGCCCUCUCGCCGCGUCUCGUCAGGCUCAGGAUGCAUCAUUUAAAGAGGCAGGAGGCAGGGUCGACGUGCACACCAUCACCCCCGAAGAGGUUCUAGAGCAGGCAAAUAAGAUAUUUGCUCCAUAUACGCUCAAGUUUGCUGCGCCGUUGAGCUGGUUCGCCGUUUGGAAGAUCUCGGAGCGAGUCGCUCGAUCCUUUUCUUCACCAGACAAUCGUGCUCACAUCCUUGGAGAUGCAGCACACGUUCAUAGCGUUAUGGGCGCUUUUGGCCUGAAUGCCUCCAUCAUGGAUGCUGCCAAUCUCGCCUGGAAAUUGGGUUUUGUGGCCCGCAAAAAGGCGCAAUUCGGAGCUUUGUUGCCUACCUACAGUUCUGAGCGGCGCCCUCAUGCCGUCCGCAUCAUCAAAGUCUCCGGUAGAUAUCUGCGGUUCGUGUGCAACGCUGACCUCCAUGUCGCUGCUGAUAUGCCCGACGAAUUGAAGCCUAUGCCGCUCGCCGAGGAACCCACUGGCGAAUUCCCGGAGAGGGAGCUUAAAUUCCUCGCCAGUUUCUUCCAAGGAAACGGCCACUUCCUGCUCGGUGUAGACGCACCGUACGAUGCUUCUGUCAUCAGCCCGUCUCCGAAGCAAGGGAAACGCGUCGCCAUAAACGUUCGCAACGGCGUACGCGCACCGAACCCACGAGUCUGCUUUUCUACCGCCGAGACCGGCUAUCUGUACGAUAAGCUCGUAGGCGCAGACAGGCUUCAUAUUGUCCUCUUUGCAUCGUCACUCCGUGGCCCAUCACGUCAGGCUAUCAGCAAAUUCGCCGAGGCCCUUGGCCCGUCGGGAUUCUACCAACGCUUUGGCGGUUCUUCAAUGUUUAAUAUCGUGGUGGUUGUGGAGUGUGUUCCGUUCGAAUUGGACGAAUUGUUGCCACAUGAUGGCAUGGACAAUCUGAAGCAGGUGGCCACUUUCGUCUUCGAUGACCGCGCGCCUGAUGAGAAUGCACACACUACUUGGGGUGCCGAUCGUAAGAAUGGUGGUCUGGCGGUAAUACGCCCAGAUCUGUGGGUCGGCAUCACGGCGCCAAUGGACGAUGUCGAGAUGUUGGACGAAUACUUUGGAUCGUUCCUUGUUCCUGCUGCACAGUAA